AUGACCAGGAUUUUGACAGUAUUUAAGGCUGCCAAAGCCUUCAGUGCACCUGCCUAUCGCCAAUGGAGCUUUUCCAAAGCUGGAAUUCGGUUCAUGAGUGUUAAGGCACACACUGCAAACCUAGUACUGGAGGAUGGGACCAAGCUCAAAGGAUAUUCCUUUGGUCACCCAACAUCUGUAGCUGGAGAAGUCAUUUUCAAUACUGGCCUAGCAGGGUAUGUGGAAGCCAUAACAGACCCUGGCUACCGUGGGCAGAUUCUCACGCUUACCAACCCUAUCAUUGGAAAUGGAGGCGCACCAGACACCACAGCGCUGGAUUCGCAUGGUCUCAUGAAGUUUCUAGAGUCAGAGCAUAUCCAGGUAUCAGGGUUGCUGGUUUUGGAUUACACUAAUCAAUACAGUCACUGGAGAGCCGUGAAGUCAUUGUCAGAGUGGCUACAUGAAGAAAAGGUGCCUGCCCUCUGUGGAAUUGACACUAGAAUGCUGGCCAAGAAAAUCCGAGACAAGGGCACUGUAUUGGGUAAAAUUGAGUUUGAGGGGCAGCCUGUUGAAUUGGUAGAUCCAAACAAAAGGAAUUUAAUUGCCGAAGUGUCAACUAAGGAAAUCAAAGUGUAUGGUAAAGGAAACCCAGUCAAAAUUGUGGCAGUGGACUGUGGUGUGAAGCAUAAUACCAUUCGUCAGCUGGUACAGAGAGGAGCAGAAGUCAACCUAGUUCCCUGGAAUCAUGACUUCUCCAAGAUGGAAUAUGAUGGUCUUUUUCUAACUAAUGGACCUGGGAAUCCAGAGCUGGCACAACCAUUAAUUCAGAAUCUCAGAAAGGUUUUUAACAGUGACCGUCCUGAGCCCGUGUUUGGUGUCAGUAUGGGAAAUGAGAUUGCGGCUUUAGCAGCUGGAGCCCGAACCUACAGGCUUCCCAUGGCCAACAGGGGGCAGAAUCAGCCUGUAAUGAACACAAUGAAUGGACAGGCAUUCAUCACUGCACAAAACCAUGCAUAUGGGGUUGAUAGUAACUCACUUCCACAAGGUUGGAAACCACUGUUUGUGAACAUCAAUGAUCAGAGCAAUGAGGGAAUCAUGCAUGAGACCAAGCCAAUAUUUACAGCACAGUUUCACCCUGAAGGAAGCCCUGGGCCAGCUGAUACAGAGUUUCUUUUCGAUGUUUUCAUGUCAAUGAUAAAGAAGGGUAAAAGCACCACACUGGCAUCAGUAAUGCCCAAACCAGCACUGUUGUCUAAAAGGAUAGAGGUGUCUAAAGUCCUUAUUUUGGGCUCUGGAGGUCUCUCAAUUGGACAGGCGGGAGAGUUUGAUUACUCUGGGUCUCAGGCUGUGAAAGCUAUGAAGGAAGAGAAUGUGAAAACAGUUCUCAUGAACCCCAAUAUCGCAUCAGUCCAGACCAAUGAAAUGGGUUUGAAACAAGCCGACACUGUGUAUUUCCUGCCCAUCACACCACAGUUUGUCACUGAGGUUAUCAAAGCAGAACGUCCUGAUGGCAUCAUUCUGGGAAUGGGUGGCCAAACUGCACUGAACUGCGGUGUGGAUCUGUUCAAACGUGGGGUCCUGAAAGAAUAUGGUGUGAAAGUUUUGGGUACAUCAGUGGAAUCAAUCAUGGCCACAGAAGAUCGGCAGCUCUUUUCCGACAAGUUGAUGGAAAUUAAUGAGCCAAUAGCCCCUAGCUUUGCUGUGGAAACGAUAAAAGAUGCUGUGGAUGCAGCUGAUAAGAUUGGCUAUCCUGUCAUGAUUCGUUCUGCGUACGCUCUGGGUGGCUUGGGGUCAGGACUUUGUCCAGAUAAAGAGACACUCAUAGACCUGGGAACCAAGGCUCUAGUAAUGUCCAACCAGAUCCUAGUUGAGAGGUCUGUGGUGGGCUGGAAGGAAAUCGAGUAUGAAGUAGUUAGAGAUGCAGCAGAUAAUUGUGUCACAGUCUGCAACAUGGAGAAUAUGGAUGCUAUGGGUGUUCACACAGGGGAUUCUAUCGUUGUGGCACCAAGUCAGACACUCUCCAAUGAAGAGUUCCAGAUGCUCAGGUCCUGUGCCAUCAAAGUUGUGCGACAUUUGGGAAUUGUUGGCGAGUGCAACAUUCAGUUUGCCCUGCAUCCCACGUCACUGGAGUAUGUGAUCAUUGAGGUCAAUGCCAGACUCUCCCGUAGUUCUGCUUUGGCUUCAAAGGCUACUGGGUAUCCCUUGGCCUUUAUUGCUGCCAAAAUUGCUUUGGGCAUUCCACUUCCUGAGAUUAAGAAUGUCGUGUCAGGGAAGACAACGGCCUGCUUUGAGCCUAGUCUGGAUUAUAUGGUAACCAAAAUCCCUCGGUGGGAUCUUGACCGUUUUCAUGGGACAUCAGGAGUAAUUGGCAGUUCCAUGAAGAGUGUUGGUGAGGUCAUGGCAAUAGGUCGCACAUUUGAGGAGAGUUUCCAGAAAGCCCUUAGGAUGUGUCAUCCAAGUGUGGAUGGAUUCACUGCAAACCUUCCGAUGAACAAGUCAUUUGCUGCAGAUGUGAACCUCAGGAAGGAAAUGGCUGAACCUACCAGCACGCGUGUCUACAGUAUGGCAAAGGGUCUGGAGACUGGAAUCCAUAUUGAUGAGAUCCACAAGCUUACCUCCAUUGAUAAGUGGUUUCUGUAUAAAAUGCAGGACAUCUUGAACAUGGAAAAUACCUUAAGAUCUACCAGGAGUGAAUCUAUCCCAGAAGAGACACUAAGAAGAGCUAAGCAGAUUGGAUUCUCUGACCGGUACAUUGGGAAAUGCCUAGGACUGAGUGAGGCCCAAACCAGAGAGCUGAGGCUGAACAAAAAUGUCACACCAUGGGUGAAACAGAUUGACACUUUGGCUGCUGAGUACCCUGCAAUUACAAACUACCUCUACCUCACAUACAACGGACAGGAGCACGAUAUAAAGUUUGAUGAUCAAGGAAUGAUGGUUCUUGGCUGCGGCCCGUAUCAUAUAGGCAGCAGUGUAGAGUUUGACUGGUGUGCAGUCUCCAGCAUCCGCACACUGCGGCAGCUUGGCAAGAAGACGGUGGUGGUGAACUGCAACCCAGAGACUGUCAGUACAGACUUUGAUGAAUGCGACAGACUUUACUUUGAGGAGCUGUCCCAGGAAAGGAUCCUGGAUGUAUUCCAGCAAGAGCAAUGUGAUGGUUGCAUUAUCUCAGUUGGUGGGCAGAUCCCCAAUAACUUGGCAGUACCUCUCUACAAAAAUGGUGUGAAAAUCAUGGGCACCAGCCCACAGCAGAUUGACAGAGCUGAGGACCGCUCCACAUUUUCUGCUAUAUUGGAUGAGCUGCAGAUUCCCCAAGCACCAUGGAAGGCAGUCAACUCCCUGGAUGAUGCCCUGCAGUUCACAAAUACAGUUGGUUACCCCUGCUUGCUCCGCCCUUCAUAUGUCCUGAGUGGUUCAGCAAUGAAUGUCGUGCAUGGAGAGGAAGAACUGAAGAAUUUCCUAGCUGAAGCCACACGUGUAUCCCAGGAACAUCCUGUUGUGAUCACCAAAUUCAUACAAGGAGCACGUGAAGUAGAGAUGGAUGCAGUUGCUAAGGAGGGACAUGUCAUAUGUCAUGCUGUAUCAGAACAUGUGGAAGAUGCUGGUGUUCACUCUGGAGAUGCCACUCUCAUGAUUCCCACACAGACCAUUAGUCAAGGGGCUCUAGAAAAGGUGAAAAUUGCUACAAAGAAAAUUGCAAAUGCAUUCGCUAUAUCUGGACCAUUCAAUGUGCAGUUCCUUGUCAGAGGAAAUGAUGUACUGGUGAUUGAAUGCAAUCUGAGAGCCUCCCGAUCCUUUCCUUUUGUGUCCAAGACUCUUGGAGUCGACUUCAUAGAUGUGGCUACAAAAGUUAUGACAGGAGAAAAAAUAGAUGAAACUGCUCUUCCAACACUGGAAAGACCUAUCAUCCCUUCAGAUUAUGUUGGGAUUAAGGCACCUAUGUUCUCCUGGCCCCGCCUCCGAGGAGCUGAUCCAGUAUUGCGAUGUGAAAUGGCAUCUACUGGCGAGGUGGCCUGCUUUGGUGAGAAUAUUUACUCUGCAUUCCUGAAGGCCAUGAUCUCAACUGGUUUCAAGUUGCCUCAGAAGGGAAUACUUAUUGGAAUCCAGCACUCAUUCCGUCCCCACUUUCUUGGCACCGCCCAGCAACUCAAAGAAGAGGGAUUUAAGUUGUAUGCUACAGAAGCCACUGCAGACUGGCUCAACGCCAAUGAUGUACCAGCCACACAUGUUGCUUGGCCAACCCAAGAAGGGAAGAGUAGCAGCUCUCCUUCAAUCUACAAGUUGAUCAAGGAAGGCAACAUUGACAUGGUGAUUAACCUCCCAAACAACAACACCAAGUAUGUGCAAGAUAAUUUUCUGAUACGGAGGACUGCAGCGGAUUGCGGUAUCGCACUUCUCACCAACUUUCAGGUGGUUAAACUCUUUGCUGAAUCGAUGAAAUACGCAGGGGACCUGGAUACCAAGAGCCUCUUCCAUUUUAGACAGUUUGGAGAUACAAAAUCCACAUAGACUACUAAAAUAAAUUCCAAAUAGCAGAGACAAAUAGCCCAGGCAUCCUCUGACUGUCCACUGUUUACUUUAGUCUGGAGAUUCUACAGAAGAAUUCAACUGUCUUGUUAUUUACCCACUGUUCUGAGGUCCAGCUGCCCGAACCCACUUUUUUCAAGCUGGAUAUAAAAAGAACAGAAAUGUGUAGCAGUGUGAUGUUAAUUCAUUGUAAUUCAAAUACAUCCAGAAUAACCAGCACUGUUUAUUGAAUGCAUUCU